UCAAAAAAUUGACAUUUCAUUAAACACAAAAAAGAAAAACGUAAAAACACGCAACAUUUGGAAAAAAUCUUCAUGGCAAAUAUUGUUGCUCAAGUGGCAAAGAAAUACGGAGCUGUAAUAUUUUUUCCUACCUUUACUGCCGCCACUAUUUUUGCCGACUGGUCUAAUACACAGGCCUGGAAACGUAAACAAAAGGAACUAGCUCAGUCUAAAGAACAUUUGAAAAACUAA